UCCAUCUCCUUCACUCUCUCUCGUCCCUUCUAUUUUCUCGGACGCCCGAAAAAGCCCGGUGCUGCAUUGAUCAGUCUCGACAGCGGCAGUUUCUAAUAUUGCCGGUGUUCCAAUCUCGCCGAACCGGUUCCUGCGCUGCUCUACUCCUAGGAUAGGAGAGCUUCAACUUUGGGCUGGAAAUGCAUCCUCCUUUGACAUUGCAUAGGCACCAAAUGUGUGCUGAAAUUAUUGAGCAGUUUCAGAAGUGUCAUUUAGACCAUCCAAUUGCAAAAUUCUUUGGUGAAUGUACAGAACUUAAAGUAAAGCUUGAUCGAUGUUUCCGGCAGGAAAAAGCUGUGAGAGGA